AUGUUAUGGUCAAAUUAUUUUCCUAAAUAUUCAAUGCCUCAUUAUCGUUUUCAGGAUUAUAAACCGUAUUAUUCAACAAUAUCUCGUAAUGCUGUAUCAUUAUCACCAUAUCGUAAAACACAUUAUUUAGAUACAUCGGAUGAAGAAAUAAUUAAAGAAGAAAUUAUCGAAAUAACUUAUCUUGAUCAUUAUCCAACAUUACUUGAACGUUGGGGUGAUGAUACGAAAACUGUGACUCGAGAAGAAGGUGAAUUUAAAAUUGAAGAUUAUGUAGAAUUUGAAGAAAUCGAACCAACAAUAACAGAAGAUAUAUCUUAUGAAAUAAUCUAUUCAGGUGAUAUUAUUCAAUCAACUAUAGAAACUCAUCAUACACGUUCAGAAUCUCGAAAUUUUCGUAAAAUUAAAAAACGACGUACAAAACGUAAACGAACAACAAAAUUAUUUAAUUUAUCAGAUAAAAAUAAUUCAAUCAUUCAUACUGGUGAUACUAUUAGUAAUCUUAAUCAGAAUUUAUCCGGUGAUACACAACGACAACAACAACUAACUGAUGAUACUCCUACGCAUGAAAUUAAUCAUUCAGAUAUCAAUGGUGAGUAA